UCUACAAGUUCUACUUCAGAAGCUUUUAACUUUCAGCUGACUCUUUCUUUUUAAGUCUUUGUGUUUUCAUCACCUUCAUCCAUUACUUCGGCUCGGCAGUUUUACCCAAAAAGGCAGUAGAUUAGUAUAUUGAAGCUCCUUUCAUGUUUUGGUUAGUGAAUUUGUAUAGAGAAUCGACAAAACGAAGCUAAAUCUUACAAUCUAUGGCUGAUAAAUCUGUGAGCACAAUUAGCUUGAAGGCCUUGGUGGAAAAGAGGAGCAACAAAGUUAUCUUCAUAGAGUCUGAUAAUGAUUUUGUUGAUGUUCUCUUCAGUUUCUUGACAAUUCCAAUCGGAACAAUUAUCAGGCUUGCUUGUACACAUUCAGUACCACUGGAAAUAGGUUGCAUGAAAAAUCUGUAUGCAAGAGUUGAGCAUGCUGAUGCACGUGUUUUCCCAACUGAAUCAUGUAGAGAAAUGUUGUUAUGUCCCCGCAACGGGGUUGAAUCUCAUUGUGAGAAUCUCAAAUUGAAAAUUACCAAUGGCGAUCCCACACAGUACUUUUUGUGCUCUCAUGAUUGCAACAAGUUAUUUAGUCAUUACAAAGAUGUUCUUUGUGAGUGUGGAAAACCCAUGGAUAGUGAGAUGUCUCUUUUAGUGGGAAAGUUGAAAAGCUCCUCUUUUUCGGAUGAUGGUGUCUUUUGUAAAGGACUUAGCAGAUAUAUAGUAAGUGAUGAUUUAGAAGUGAUGCCCCCAUUAAGCUCACCAGUCUUUUCUUUCCUUACUAAGGUUGGUGUGAUGGAUGCAACCACUACUGAGGAGAUGACUUUCAAUGUAGGAGUUGAUGAGCAUAAACCAGAACCAAAACUGAGCAGUGAAGGUGUUCAGCAAGGAAUAGGUUUUAAGCGUCAAACAACAGGAGACACGGUGAAGAAGGAAAAAAACAUUUCUGUCAAUCUUUUGGUUAGCAAAUCUAAGAAAAUGGUUUGUUAG